GUCCAGCGGCAACACAUCCUGGCUCCAAUAUUCAUUUAUGGCCACUACGCGUCCCAAGGAACCCUUCGCGUAGCCUAUGCUGGUCGCAUGGGUCCAGGGUCACUCUGACACCCGUCACCCAAUCUGGAGCCUGGAGGCGAGAAAUGGCUGAUUCAUCAUGGCGAGACCGUGUCCAGGAAGCCCUUCCGGACGACGAAUACGGCAUUACGGAAGUUCAUAGCGAACGACGCUGGUCAACAAGCACUUCAGCAAGUCGGAGACACAGCUACUAUGACGCGCAACGGGGUGGCGAAACGCAAUCGAGCGAGAAGCGAUCAAGUCAAAGACGUUCGCGGCCAGUGUCGACAUCGUCUCAGGCAACCACGAAGUCUAAGGGCAAACGCGCGAGUUAUCAAAGCUAUCAGCAGCCUGCUGCCCAUUCUCACGUAGACGGAUAUGCAGUGCCUCUUCCCGUUACCCAACUGGAGACCCAUGUCCCAGUAACGAACUUUAGUCGACCCGUCGGCGACGGGGUUCGCAGACGCGCUCCAAGCGGCGCCUCGCACAACCAAAACAAAUCAGUUGACACCACCAUGUCAGCCUUGCCACCAAUGCCAAAGGCAGAGCGUUUCUCUCAGCAGACAACCGCGCAGAAUACACAGCACCAAGGCUACGAUGGCACAGAACCACAUCAGGCCUCGAGAACAUCAACAAACGAGCCACCGCCGUUCUCUCGCCGAGACCGAGUCGAUGAGGACAACGAUGCGACAAAGCCAUCACCUCGCUGGCUGACAGAGCUCUACACAGUUUCGUACCUGGUUCUCUUUUCCUUGCUUGGCACGUUGGCACGAUUGGGAGUGCAAUGGAUUACUUUCUAUCCGGGAGCACCAAUCACGACGCCUGUGAUCUGGGCAAACAUGGGUGGAUCGUUCAUCUUGGGAUUUCUGGCGGAAGACCAAGGCCUCUUCAGAGACCACGUCCAGGAUCUGGCGACUGCAGAGAAGCAGGACACGGACCUGGCGAUUGACAAGGCGCUGUUUACAAAGCACAAGAAGACAAUACCGCUUUACGUCGGACUCGGUGUUGGCUUUUGUGGCAGCUUCACAUCUUUCUCAAGUUUUGCGAGAGAUGUCUUUCUCGCAUUGUCGAAUAAUCUCCCCGCGCCAGUCAACCAUCCAGAUGCACUAGUCACGGGCACGCUUUCACCCUCAUCAAUAAUUGGGCGCAAUGGCGGCUAUUCUUUCGAAGCACUCUUAGCCGUCAUCCUAUACACGUUUGCCCUCUCCUUAGGGGGCCUCAUCGUCGGUGCUCAUACUGCACUUGCAUUGUACGAAGUCACACCCACGCUGCCUGCAAGAUUCGUUCGGAAGGCAGUCGACCCGUCCAUGGUCGUCUUUGCAUUUGGCUGCUGGCUCGGUGCAGUCUUUCUCGCAAUCUGGCCCCCUGAUCGCCCAAGCGGACCCUCGUCCCGCGGAUCUUGGACGAAUGAAACCUGGCGUGGCGAAGUCCUCUUCGCUUUGGUGUUUGCACCUCUAGGCUGCUUAUUGAGGUUUUACACCAGCGUAAAGCUGAACGGCCUUGUGGCAGCAUUUCCACUCGGUACCUUUGCGGUAAACAUGUUCGGCACCGCGAUCGAAGGUAUGUGCUACGAUAUGCAGCACGUAGGAGUCGGCAUAAUGGGCCAAGUCGGCGGCGGCCGCGUUGGCUGCCAAGUGCUCCAAGGAGUUCAGGAUGGUUUCUGCGGUUGCUUGACCACGAUCAGCACGUGGGUUGCUGAGAUUAAUGGAUUGAAACGCAAGCAUGGAUACUUAUACGCAUUAGCGAGCAUUGUUGGAGGAUUGUGUCUCAUGGUGAUUAUCAUGGGCUCUGUGAGAUGGACUGUCGGAUUUCGCGAACCUGUUUGCUCUACUGGAUACCCUUCGAAAGUUCUUGGAUGA